GACAACGCGCGAGAGCGAGAGCUGAACGAGAGGGAGGGAAGGGAAAGGAAAGGAAAGGAAGGAAGAGAGGAAGAAAGGGAAGGGAGGGUUGGAAGGAGAAGAGCAGGGUAGUCGCGGACUGUUGAGGGGCCGCGGUGAUCUGCAAUCUCUGCCCGCAGCGAGGGAGGUCGAGAGGAUCGAUUGAUUGACUGAUUGAUGGGCCGGAGCACGCAGGGAGAAAAAUUGCACUCGGGGGUCAUGUUGCGAAUUCGCGAAAUGUUGCGGAGCAGAGGAUUUAGGGGAUAAGUUGGGGAGGUGGGACGAGGGAAGGGAUCGGGAAAGAGGAGGCAAUAGAGAUUGGAAGGAAGAGGCAGAGGACUGGCAGUGAGGAGGGCGACGUCGAAACCAGCGAGGAGGGGAGGAAGAGGAGCAACAGGGGUCUAGAGUAUGGGAGAGGAGGGGACGAGGAUAGUUGCGGAGGCGAAGAGGAAGUAGCAGGCGAGGUGCGGCGGGAAGCCGCGAUGAAAGGAGGCGAUGUCAUGUCUUGGCCCGGCGUGGGACAAGCCGCUGCAGCCCCGACGCCGGUGCUCACUAGUAAUGGGAGUAGCACUCCGGGACCCCGCGAGAGGGAAGCGAGUGCUGCUGCGGAUGUGGGGCGGCAGCAGCAGACGAGGUUGAAGCGACGACCCUCAUCUUCGUCUCUCGGCGAUGCUAGUAGUGGAAUGCCGAUGUCCAGCUCGUCGCAACCUGCGAAUUCCGCCUCUCCGCGGCGGAAUUUGGGUGGCAAGGAUGCGCUGUCUUACGCAGCCAUUCUGCGGUCCAGGAACAAAUUUGCGGAUGCUCUGGCUCUGUACGACAGUGUAUUGGAGGCCGAGCCUAGGAAUGUGGACGCCCACGUAGGUAGAGGUAUAUGCUUGCAAAUGCAGGGACAUUCUCGGCAAGCGUUCGAUAGUUUUGCCGACGCUCUCCGGUUGGAUCAGCAGAAUGCGUGUGCACUCACUCAUUGUGGAAUUUUGUAUAAGGAAGAGGGGCAUUUACUCGAAGCUGCCGAGGCAUAUCACAAGGCUUUGCAGGCAGAUCCAAGUUACAAGGCUGCCUCAGAAAAUCUCGCCAUUGUUCUAACAGACUUGGGAACCAGUCUGAAGCUUUCUGGAAACGUUCAAGAAGGCUUACAAAAGUAUUACGAUGCUCUGAAGGCGGACAGUCGAUAUGCGCCAGCUUAUUAUAAUUUAGGUGUCGUAUACUCGGAGAUGAUGCAGUAUGAUACUGCAUUAAAAUGCUAUGAGAAUGCGGCUCAGCACAGGCCCAUGUACGCGGAAGCCUAUUGUAAUAUGGGUGUUAUCUACAAAAAUCGAGGUGAUCUCGAUUCAGCCAUUGCUUGCUAUGAGAGGUGUCUAGCAGUAUCACCUAACUUCGAAAUUGCGAAGAACAACAUGGCCAUUGCUCUUACAGAUCUCGGUACAAAGGUCAAGCUUGAAGGCGAUAUUCACCAGGGUGUUGCCUAUUAUAAAAAAGCUUUGCUAUACAACUGGCACUAUGCCGAUGCCAUGUACAAUUUAGGCGUUGCCUACGGGGAGAUGCUUAAAUUUGACAUGGCAGUUGUUAUGUAUGAGCUGGCGCUGCAUUUUAAUCCUCACUGCGCUGAGGCCUGCAACAACUUAGGAGUUAUCUACAAGGACCGAGACAAUCUCGAUCGUGCCGUCGAUUGCUACCAGAUGGCGUUAUCAAUUAAGCCCAACUUCUCUCAGUCUUUGAACAACCUCGGGGUUGUCUAUACCGUGCAGGGUAAAAUGGAUCAAGCAGCUGGCAUGAUCGAGAAAGCCAUACUGGCUAACCCUACUUAUGCAGAGGCAUACAACAAUCUCGGCGUUUUGCACAGGGACGCUGGCAGUAUUCCUCUCGCUAUUGAUGCUUAUGAACGCUGCUUGCUUAUCGAUCCCGAUUCUCGGAAUGCUGGGCAGAAUCGGCUACUCGCAAUGAACUACAUUUACGAAGGGGAAGAUGACAAGCUGUAUAUCGCCCAUAGGGAUUGGGGUAAACGUUUCAACAGGCUCUAUCCUGAGUUCACUACCUGGGACAACUCGAAGGAACGAGAUCGUCCCCUGACUAUAGGAUAUGUUUCGCCUGAUUACUUCACUCAUUCAGUGUCAUAUUUUAUCGAAGCUCCCCUCGUUCAUCAUAACUAUACGAACUUUCGUGUUGUCGUCUACUGCGCUGUAGUCAAGGCGGACGCUAAAACGCAUCGGUUCAGGGACACCGUACUCAAAAGGGGUGGAGUAUGGAGGGACAUAUACGGGGUCGAUGAGAAGAAGGUAGCAAGCUUAGUGAGGGAGGACAAGGUCGAUAUACUUGUUGAGCUCACGGGGCAUACUGCCAACAAUAGGCUUGGUGUGAUGGCUUGUCGACCUGCCCCUGUACAGGCAACAUGGAUAGGCUAUCCAAAUAGCACAGGGUUACCAACGAUAGAUUAUCGAUUCACUGAUGCUUUAGCUGAUCCACUUAACACCAAGCAAAAGCAUGUCGAGGAGCUUGUAAGGCUACCAGGGUCUUUUUUGUGUUAUACACCAUCAGCGGAGACGGGUCCAGUUGUACAGACACCGGCUAUAAGCAAUGGUUUCAUCACUUUUGGUAGUUUCAACAAUCUUGCAAAGAUAACACCUCGAGUUCUGAGGGUGUGGGCGAGAAUUCUCUGCGCUGUACCCUCGUCAAGACUGGUAGUGAAAUGCAAGCCGUUCUGCUGUGAUAGUGUACGAGAAGGUUUUCUUGCAAAGCUUGAAGAGUUGGGAGUAGAAUCACUGCGGAUUGAUCUUCUUCCUUUGAUUCUUCUCAAUCAUGACCACAUGCAAGCGUAUUCGUUGAUGGAUAUCAGCUUAGACACGUUUCCAUAUGCUGGUACUACCACAACCUGUGAAUCUCUUUACAUGGGAGUGCCAUGUGUGACGAUGGCUGGAAAUGUGCAUGCUCACAAUGUCGGAGUCACUCUGCUACAUCAAGUUGGCUUAGGGAGAUUAGUUGCAAAGACGGAAGACGAGUACGUUAACAAAUCCAUUGAUUUGGCAUCAGACAGCAAUAUGCUGAAUACGUUGCGGCUUGGAUUGCGGGAGCGCAUGCUCAAAUCGCACCUUUGCGAUGGACCGAAUUUUGUGCGUGGUCUAGAAACGACAUACCGAACACUGUGGAAUCGAUACUGUGACGGGGAUAUUCCCUCGGAAGCUAGGCGAAAAGCCGAGGCCGAGGCUGUUGCGCUUUUAUCGGAAGCUUUGUUGUGUGAUGAUCGCGCGACUGCCAGUAGGUGCGCCAGCAGUAGUGGAGAGUUAACCACAGAUAUGAGUAUGAAGGAUGCAGUGUAUGCAACACCUAAUACGGUCAAUGGUACUCCUGCUCCUUCGCCUACAUCUACUCUCUCUACCACGGAGGGCAGUAGUAUGGAAAAUUCGAGGAUCAAAUCAGCUAAACGAAGUAGUAAUGGCAUGGCCAGUCCAGUUGGUGGCGGAUCAUGAACAAUCCUGAUGAAGUAGAACUCGUAUAAAGUCAUGUAAUUGUACAUUUCAAUUACAUAGACGUGUUAUCUGUUGUCGGCUGAAGUGAACCUUCCAGCCGCAAGUAUCUGUCGUUGCUGAGGAGCAGUGUGCCUGGAAUGUCAGAGGUUCAGCGGUUCACGCCUCCCAAACAUUCUUGCCAGGGAUUUUUUUGGGCCUGGACGACGUCUUGCUACUCAACAUGUUACAAACGCACUUCGAACUCAAAUCGUGGUUGGGCUCUUACCCUCAGGUACGUCUAUAGCGCCAGCUGUUUGUCAAAGAAACGUCUCCAUUGAACUGCAGUAGGCAGGUCAAAGGGAACUGAUUGGCGCUUCCUCUCGGGAAGAGGAGAGCUGAGCUCACUUGAAGGUUUCGAGGCCUAAAGAAGGUGAUCAUGUAAACCCGCGCGGGCUUAGUCCCUGUUUUACAUGUUCUUAUCACCAGUUGGGCCAGAUUUUAAUACCCUUUUGCCGAAGUUUAUCCCAUAUUUCAGGUAGUGGGGUAGCUCCGUGGAGAGUGCCCCAUGGCUUGAAUUCAGCACGCUCCGAGAACUGAAGGAAUAUAUUAUCUGUCGGAGUAAGAGGAUCCGUGUUUACGGCCAUUGCUUGUGUGGAUACGCAGAGGCAACCAAGUUUUGUGCACUGGAGAUUUCUGUCUGGAAGAAUAUGAGAUCUUCAUCAUGCCUUGAGUUUUUCGUUACCACCUGCGCUUGUCUUCUCUAAUUGACUUGGUACAUCUGGAUCAUAGUUUCUAAAUGUGAGUUGAGGGUUACAUGCCUCAUGUGGUGAAGUAGAUCUUCAUGAGCCCGAGAACCGCGAGGAUAAUAUAUCCAGAGUUAGUAGAAGGAAAUUCAUUGGUUGGCUUCCUAAUUUAACAAAACGAUAUUACUUGAAGCAAUAAUGAAUUCUAACUCAAUGUGGUAUUUUUUUAUCUCAAGAUAUUUAUGCCUGAAUCUC